CGCCAAGUCCCCAACUGCCAGCCGGACUGCUCACGCUCGUUGUCGUCUCUCGCGGACGCUCGGGAGCCCCCAUCACUCGCACAUCUAGCAGGACUGGAAGCAGACCCUCUAAUAUGCUCGUCCUGUCUGCGUUGCAGAACCUGCUCGCCCAGGUCCUCGACCCGCCUUCGCUGCAUAGCGCAGUUCUGUUCACUACGGCUGGGCAGUUGAUCUCGUACGCUGCGGACUCGCUGCGUCCAAAAGACGAGAUACGUGUCGUCGUGGGUAUCGCUGGCGAGGUGUGGCUGGAGACACAAGGGGAAGGUGCUGAAGGUGAGGGAGGCGAGGGCAUGGUCGAUAGUGAGCUGGGACGCAUCAUCGUCAUCCCCAUCGUUGAGGGAGGGUCAGAAGGGAGGGGCGCACCGCUGAUGUUGCUCGCAUUGAACGGGACGGAUAGCGUGGCGUGGGAAGAGCUGCAGAGCAAGGGGAGGGUACUUGCGCAGCAUCUGGCGCGAAAUCUAUCCAAGUUUCGCGACCACCUCAUCGCGCCGAGGUCGCCCCCUCCACCAACGACGGCGCAGCGGUAGUAGCGGUCAGACACAGUGUGAUUGGAUCUUGCAGGCCUCGUUCCAUCUGUACUGUAUACGAUAGAGCUAUCUUGGUUGAAGUUGUA